CCGUGCCAUGGUCGGAAUGUUCGUGCGGAGAAGACUCCUCGUCGGCCGAAGUAACGCUCUGCGAUCGCCUUUUUUCUCCAGGGUUUGGAGAUGUCUUUACCAGAUGAGUUAUGGAGAUGGAUUUUGAAGUUGGGAGUUGAAUCUUCAUGUUUGAGCUACAAAGAUCUUUGCUGUCUUUCCAUGAGUUGUAGACGCCUUAAUCAUCUUUCCAACGAAGAGACCGUGUGGUCAAAGUUACUGUCUUCCGACUACCCUGCACACCCUUCAUCUUACACCGACCACCCGUCUCCCAAAUCACUCUACCAAAUCAGAUUCGAGAAAGACAGAGUCAAGAAACUUUUGGCAGAACGAAGAGCUGUUCUUAGAAUUGAAUCUCAAAUUCUUGAACACGAAAGGAAGCUACAGGAGAUACAGCUUCAAUUGGUAGAAGAGAAGGAGAAAAAUAAAACUGCAAUCAUUGAACUAAAUAACUUAAGGAAAGUAAGGGAAGCUUCAACGGCAUUGAAGGUGUGGCAACCGCAGGUGAUCCGUAGCAGGCAAAAGCAGAUCGUUGAGCAUUGUAGUGUACCAGUCGACUUCAGAAUGAAUGCGUUAGAGAUGGAGAUUAAGCUUUGUAUGCAGCAAAUUUCUGGGUUUUUAAAGGCUCGAAAAGAUGAGAAGAGUCGACUUGAAGCAACAAAGGAGCGGUUAUCGAAAGUUAAGUAUCGGCCAUUGCAGAGUUUCGAGGGUGGCUCAAAAAGUAGUCUUGAUGAUGAAUCUAGAAACAGGGGAAUGAAUUCAAACAAGUCGAAAAGAGUGAAACAGAAAUAAGGUUUUGACCCAUUUCUUUUAGACCUGUUGUAUGUUACAAUUCAUGUUUUUCAGUCUUGAAAUGUAUUCGAGUUGCUUUCGAACCUCAAAGUGUAAGAUCCCAGAAGUGGAACUAAAGUUGUCUCAUAAGUUGGGAAGGGGAAUUACAAGGCUGUUUGGUUGGUUUUC